AUGCAAAAAAAAAAACGAGGACGACCAAAAAAAUAAUAACAAUAAUAAUAAAAUGUAAGUCCAACCAACAGAUCAAUCUCUCUUAGAGAUAGUAAAUAAUAAGAUCGCUAAUGUACCACACCUUAGUAUGACAAGAUCAUGGCCUAAAUCAAAGAGACUUAUGCCUCCUUAAAUGAUGCCAACCUCCAAAAGUAGCAAAUAUCACUAUCACCAAAAAAGACACAAAAAAUAGAUAAAGCAAAUAAAAAGAUGAAACGAAUUUCCAGAUCAACCAAAAAACUAAUCAAUUAAGAGUAGAAUGUUAAGUUAGAAUCUCAGGAUUUAUAAGAUAAUUUAGAUCAACUUAAAUCUAAAUUUAACCAAAUAUUUAAGAACUUCAUUGAUAAUGUAAAAAAUGAGAUUCAAAAGACUGAAUAGGAAUUGUUGAAAAUAUCGCAUCAUAAAUUCUGA